CGGGGAGGAGGCCGGGGCGCCAUGGCCACAGCCACGGACCAGCUGGUUGGGUUUGGCUUGGUCGCCUUCAGCCUCGUCCUCUUUGUUUACUACACCCUCUGGAUCAUCGUUCUGCCCUUCAUGGACAGCGACCAUGGGAUCCACCAGUUCUUCCUGCCUCGGGAAUACGCAGUUAUCAUCCCCGUGGCAGCCGGGCUGCUGCUGCUGCUAUUUAUAGGUGUUUUUAUAAUGUUUGUCACGUGGAAGAGCAGGAAACACACCAAGAAAUCAGACUGAAGGCCCAGCUGAGGAGAUGGGGAGGUGCCCACGCUGCAGCAUCACAGCCAGGAAAAGACUUUUCCUGCAGCUCCAGGCAGACAUCUCCAAGGUGCCCAGCACUGAGCUGCUCCCACGUUCCCUCCUGCAGAGACUAAACCUGUAGUUUACAAUUCACUGACCAAAGACAAGCAGGAUUCAUCCAAGGCUCAUCAAGUGAGGGACCAGAGCCUGGGCUGAGGGAGCUGCUCCCCAGCUGGGGCUGCCCUGCCCACUCUGGGCACUCCUUCCCUUCAGCUCUGGCUCAGCCCAGUAGUUUGUUCCUUCUGGGAAUUUUAUUUAAAAGUUUACUUACAGUUUGUGGGGGUUUUUUUAUUCAAGUCUGAAAGGAGAGAAAUGACAGUUUGGGUUUGGAAAGGACAGGUUUGCCUUCUCCAUUUGAUUCUGGAAGGGCUGAUCACGGUGCUGGGGGCUCAUGCCCUUCUGGAGAGGGACUCCUGUGAGGCUGGGUGUGCAGAGACAGUGCUGCCCUCUGUGUCCCACCCAGCUGAGGGGUGGGGAGGAGAUGUCCUGGAUCGCAGGGAGGUGCUGGGUGUGGUUCCCACCACAGCUCUCAGUCCUGGCUGGGUUCCUGCCCUGGGUUCCUCCAUGUGCCAGCCCGGCUGGGGCUGAGCAGGCAGUGUGGUGGCAGUGUCCUUCCCCAGGGGGGUUCCUCUCCUGGGCCAUGGCAAGCAGGACCACCCUCAAUAAAGGUCUGCAAGGUCU